AUCAUUGGGAUACAUUCACAUCAUUGGUAAUGGCCAGUUUCUGUUACCAGUACUUGUCUGUCGUAGCCAAUGACUUCAUCUUCUUCAGUGGAGAUGUACAGACAACCACUAUAGCUGUGGCCAUAGCCAGCUCUCUUUGUUACUCAAUAGUGUGGGCUAUCUACCAUGUCAUGCGUUUAGCACAUCCUAGCCAUCAGAGGGAAAAUGGCCAACGGAAACCACAUUCCUCCCUCACCUAUCUACCAAACAUGGGGGCCAAGUUCACUUUUAAAAGACCAAAAGUACCAACGGCUGAUUUGUAUCAAGACCUUAUCAGGUUUGAGACUGUCCUCUGUAGUCAGGUUGAGGUUCCAUGUGUCAGGUGUAGUAAAAACUUGGCAGAUCCCCAGUGCCGUUUUGUGACGUGUAAAAUGUGUUGUUUCUGUCCCGAUGCCUGUGACAUACAUAAGCGCCCAUGUGACCUUGACUGUCGUCCAUGUGAUCAUCUUAACGUUAUUACAGAAAUCAACCUUAGUGAGUGUCAGAUUAGCCAGUGUCCUGAAAGGAUUGGCUAUUUCGGGUCCCAAUUAUCACUCCUAAAUCUAUCUGGUAAUAAUUUGGGUGAAGUGCCUGAGGAAAUUGGAUGUUUACGUGGCCUAAAGGAAUUUUAUUUACAGAAGAAUAGCAUUAAAACAUUACCAGCAACAUUGGGAUCUCUAUCCAAUCUCCAAAUACUGACUGUGUCUUCUAACCAAAUUACCUCUUUACCAGAUUUUUGGUUGUCAUUGUCCAAUCUUCAGUACUUAGAUAUCAGUCAUAAUGAGAUAUGUGACGUCCCAGAUUCUGUACAACAUCUACAGCAUCUUCACACUUUGUUAUUACAACACAAUAAAUUUACAAGCAUUCCAGAUAAAAUCUGUCAAUUGAAGUCAUUACAGAGACUAGAUGUAAGUGAUAACUGUCUGAACAGCGUCCCGAAUUCUCUCGGAGGUCUCCUGAGGUUGGAGGAGUUCAUUGCUGCAUCCUGUAAUCUCGAUACAUUCCCUGUGUCCUUGUGUCUAUGUCCAAGUCUUCGGACCAUUAAUCUGUCUAGAAACAGGUUAAAAUUGAUUCCUGUUGAAGUUGGUCAAGUAGGAAACCUGAGGGAGUUGAAUGUGUCACAUAACUGUCUACAGUACCUACCAGCUACAUUACAUAUCAAUCAUCUCCGUAUUUGUGAUAUUUCAGAAAAUCCAUUCCUAACAGAAGCCGACCAUUCUGAUGUCCAGUCUCUGACCCAAGGUCCAUAUGAGACUGGGAAUGUUCCUGCCCUUUUUGAGCUUGCUUUCAGGACUGUAGUUUCUGGAGACGAUCUCCAAUUUGACCUAAAAGCAUUACCACUCAUUCUACAAGAAACUGUUGGAGAGAAGAAGACAUGUACCUCAUGCGGUAUUGUCUUUCUGGACCUGUAUCGGUCCUCAUUACACUUUCAACAGAUCGCACAAGACCACAUCCCAUUCCUCUCUCAACUGUGUUCUGCUGCCUGUGCUGUCAACUCCUGACUAGCUACAAAACAUGCUGUAAAAGUAUCUUGGGUAUUACUAUUUUGGUUAAGUCUGU